CCUUAUUCCAUUUCCCCCUCUCUCUCCCCCUCUCGUCUAUAAAGAACCCUCACUUUUCCCACUCACAUACCCACCCUUCACCUUUUCCUUGUGUGUCUUCCUUUUCUUCUCCUUCCCCUUUCUUGUUAUAUGUACAUCUAUACUCCACUUUGAUGGGUUAUCUCUAAGAGCUCUACAUAAGUCCCAAGAAACUCGAGCUCAGUUGGGUUUUGGGUUUCAAUUUGAAUUGAAGUGUUGGGACUUUUUUACUUCAAGUGUGUGAGGUGUUUCUUCUGGAAUGGAAAAGCUCAACUUUGUCAAGAAUGGUGUUCUUAGAUUACCUCCUGGCUUCCGCUUCCACCCCACCGACGAAGAGCUCGUUGUUCAGUACUUGAAACGCAAGGCCUUCUCGUGCCCCCUGCCCGCCUCAAUCAUCCCGGAGCUCGAUGUUUUCAAGCCUGAUCCUUGGGAUUUGCCAGGUGAUUCGGAGCAAGAGAGGUACUUUUUCAGCACCAGGGAAGCCAAAUACCCGAAUGGGAACCGAUCAAACCGAGCCACUUUUUCCGGUUACUGGAAGGCCACCGGAACAGACAAGCAAAUUGUAGCUUCUAGUAGCCAUAGCAGAGUUGUGGGGACCAAAAAAACUCUGGUUUUUUACAGAGGAAAGCCCCCUCAUGGCACUAGAACUGAUUGGAUCAUGCACGAGUACCGCCUUGCCGGUUCCCAAACCACAGCCAACGCUGCCUCACAAAGUCCCCAAACCACAGCCAACGCUGCCUCACAAAAAAAGGACACGGCCAUGAGCUCUAGGGUGCAAUUGGAGAAUUGGGUUCUUUGCCGAAUAUUUUUGAAAAGAAGAAGUACUAGAAAUGACGGAGAGACCAUUACACAGACCUGCAAUGGUAACAGAGUUGGGAGUGUUGAGAAAGCUAGGCCUGCUUUCUAUGAUUUCAUGGCCAAGGGCAGGACUGAUUUAAACCUAGCCCCUGCUUCGUCGUCGUCUUCGGGUUCGAGUGGGAUCACAGAGGUCUCUUCUCAUGAAUCAAAUGAUCAUGAAGAAAGCAGUAGUUGCAAUAGUUUCUCCCCUUUUAGAAGAAAACCUUGGCCUUAAAUACUUGAAGUAAGCAGUUUCUGAAUGAGUAAUCGAGCUUCCAAUAUUCCAUCAGAAUAACCAUCUUAGAAGUUUAUUAAUGUUUGGUAACUCAGUUUCACGUCUCUUUCUGUUUCCAGUAUUGUGGAGAGAAAAUUUGAUGUUGAUAGAUGGUACUCUGUAUUCAAUCCCAUAAUUCAGAAUUAGUGAUAAUCUUCUCUUUUUUGCAUCUAAA